ACCUCUGAAUAUAUAAAUGCUGCAGGCCAGAUGGAUGCAAACAGUCAUCGACUGUCACAGCCGAGCAUUUCUCCACUAGAAGAACCUCAGCAGCCUAAAUAAAGAUGAAGCUCUGCAUCCUGCUGCUGUUUACAGCGCUCCUCGUCAUCAUUAACGGCAUGCCUUCGAUCAGCAGGGACUACAACACACACUGCCGGUGCCUGCAGGUGGAGUCCAGGAUCAUCCCGCCGGACAGCCUGAGGAGCAUCAAGCUCUUCCCCGAGGGGCCGCACUGCUCCGAGACCGAAGUCAUAGCGAGCCUGGCCAACGGGGAGAAAGUGUGUCUGAACCCUCGCUCCUCCUGGGUCAAGAAACUGGUCCGAUUCAUCCUGGAGAAACAGCUGCAUCAGCAAGCGGCCGCACCACCCAAGAACAACGCCUAAAUCAUGCGUUUGCUGUGUGAAACACACGCAUUGGAGCUGAUAUCUGCCUCACUGAGCCGACCUUUUCCCAAUAAUUACAGUAUUUAACCCAGUAUUGCUCUGAUUUCAGUAUUUAACGUCAUUUCUUGCUCAUAUUAUUUCUGUUUUGUUUGCUUGUGUCUGAAUAUUUUCAGCAAGAUACUUUAUAUGCAUUUAUUAAAUAAUACUUUGAAAGUUUGAGAGAGAGAGUGCAGAAACAUGAACUCUUGGACCAUUUGACAGCAGAUAUGUAGCAUUUUGAGAGCAGGAGAGUGUGACUGAUUUCUGGUUGAUAUUUGAUUUGUGAAACUUCACGAGCAGCUGCAGAGAUCAACACUCCCUUUGUACAGAAAUACUUCACUGAUGAAUAAAUGGAUGCUUUA